CUCAUCGCAUCGACUACGAAUGGCCUAUAAGUAAGGAUUAUGCCGAAGAAAAACUGCAAUACAUCAAGGCUUAUGUUGACAAUUUGCCUCAAGAGACACAAAGUUUAACUACAGGCACUAGUGACAGCGGUCUGGGAGCACAAGCAGGACCUUCUGAACUUGAAGAGGAUUUGAAGGCUGCGGCAGGUAGUCAAGUCAGCAUAAUAGAGACAAUGCUGUCACGUGGUAUUGAUGUGAAUUCAAAAGACUCUUUUGAUGACACACCCUUACUUGUUGCUGCUAGUUUUGGCAAGAUUGCGGCCGCGCAUUUCCUUUUAAAAAGGGGAGCAGAUGCCUUUGCUGGCUUCACUGGAAGAGAUGUAUUGCACCACGCUUCACUCAGUGGUAGUGUAACCUUGAUUGAUACAGUGCUGUCAUUUGGUGUUGAUGUAAAUUCAAAAGAUGACAAUGGUCUCACAACGUUACAACUAGCACAGAAACAGCGAAAAACUGAAGCGGUAAACUUCCUUCUUAGCAAGGGAGGACGUUAG